CAUUACGGAUACUAAAAAAAAGAAAGUUUAGGUCUCAGGUUCAAAUCUUAGCCGAGGCAAAAAAUUUAGGUGAUUUUUCCCAUCUAUUAAAGCCUCGGUGGACUGAGUUACUUGAUAUCUGUGCCGGUGGGGCUAGCAGGUAAUUAUUCGAGUUGCACGUAAGCUGAGACGGACAUAGCAGUUGUCAAAAAGAAAGUUUAGGUCUCAGGUUCAAUCUCAGCCGAGGCUAAAAAAAAUAAUGUGAUUUUUUUCAUCUAUCAAAGCCUUGGUGGACUGGGUUACCGUGUUACCUGUGCUGAUGGGAGGUAACAAGUACCCGUGAAAUUAGUUGAGUUGCGCGUAAGCUGGCCAAGACGCCACGGUUAUUAAAAAAAAAAAAAAACGUUUAGGUCUUAGGUUCAAAUCACAACAGAGGCAAAAAAUCACUAGGUGAUUUUUUUUCCAUCUAUCAAGGCCUUGGGGGACAGAGAUACCAGGUACCCUGUGCAGGUAGGAGUAGCAGGUACCCUUUGGAAUUAGUCGAGAUGAGCGCAAGCUGGCUCAGACAUCGUGAUUAUCAAAAAGAAAAAGUUUAGUUGAUUUUGCUCCUCGACUGUGUAUUUAUAGGCUUACUUCUUGAAAGCAAUUUCCUGUAAAGAGUCUUAAGCUGAAGCAUUGUGCGAAAGCACUAUGGCUAAUAUUAGUCGAAACGGAAAGCGUGUAAUGUAGUGCUGUGUAAAGGUUUGCUUUUUAAGAGAAGGCUGCAGAAUAAGCUGAAAUGGUUGAUAGAGUUUGAGAUACAUGUUGGAAUGUGAACAUUGUAGCAAUACUGCAAUAGUUCAUAUUCGUUGAAAAUUUAAAUGGCAUGGCGUGCUGGCUAGUUGACCACGUCCUUUCCAGCUUGCUGUUUAAGUUUCUCGAUUUUUGGAUUGUGGCCAUGGGUGGUGAGGAUAGUUGGCAGUUUGCUUUCAAUUCACUUUCGUGCAUUUGAUUUGGAUAAAUCAUUGUCCCUUAAUAUAUAGAAAGUGGUUCAAUUUGAUCUUUUGGCUGAAGAAGUUCUCCUGGACUUUGGUUAGAUGUGAGGAUGAUGUGAAGGAGAGGUGUUGGGACCAAAGAGAAGCACUACCGGACGAGCCUCGAUGUGUUAUAUGUGGCCGCUAUGGGGAGUACAUUUGUGAUGAGACUGAUGAUGAUAUUUGCAGCUUGGAAUGCAAAGGGAUAAUGAUAAUAAAUCUGAAGUGAAACCACUAACAACUGAUCAGACUGAACUCAUGAGAAGGAAACUUGAUAUUCUUGUGAAGGGAGACAAAACUACACCGCCUCCGAUCUUGUCAUUUGCUUCUUGCAAGCUACCUCAGAAGCUUCUAGAUAAUAUCGAAGUUGCCGGUUAUGAAAUGCCAACUCCUGUCCAAAUGCAAGCAAUCCCUGCUGCUUUAGCACGGCAAAGCUUGCUUGUUUCAGCGGAGACUGGUUCUGGUAAAACCGGCUCUUUUCUAAUUCCUAUAGUUUCUCAAUGUGCAAAAGUUAAUGAAGAGCAUUUCCCCAACCAGCAGAUGCCAUUAGCUAUGGUCCUCACACCUACUAGAGAACUCUGCAUACAGGUAGAGGAUCAAGCGAAGGUGCUCGGGAAGGGUUUGCCCUUCAAAACAGCUUUGGUUGUAGGUGGUGACGCCAUGGCAGGACAGCUCCACCGCAUCCAACAGGGAGUAUCUUUAAUUGUGGGAACUCCUGGAAGGCUCAUUGACCUUUUAACGAAGCACGAGAUUGAACUGGAUACUAUUUCAAUUCUUGUUCUUGAUGAAGUAGAUUGCAUGCUCCAAAGAGGUUUCCGUGAGCAGGUGAUGCAAAUAUUUACGGCUUUGUCUCAACCUCAAGUAUUAAUGUUUUCCGCAACAAUUCCUAAAGAAGUAGAGAAGAUGGCAAGCACAAUGGCCAAAAAGGUCACUGUCAUCUCUGUUGGGAAGCCAAAUAAACCUAAUCAGGCUGUCAAGCAGUUAGCUAUUUGGGUAGACUCGAAGCGGAAGAAGCAAAAGCUUUUCGAUAUUUUGAUGAGCAAGCAGCACUACAAGCCACCAGUUAUUGUAUUUGUGGGUUCUAGGCUCGGAGCAGAUCUCCUUUCUGAAGCAAUAACAGUAAGUACUGGGCUAAAAGCAUUAUCAAUUCACGGUGAGAAAUCCAUGAAGGAUAGGAGAGAAAUCGUAAGGUCAUUUCUAGUUGGAGAAAUUCCAGUUGUUGUGGCCACAGGGGUAUUGGGUCGAGGAAUCGAUCUGUUGACUGUGAGACAGGUAAUUGUGUUUGAUAUGCCAAAUUCAAUCAAGGAGUAUGUGCACCAGGUUGGAAGGGCAUCUAGAAUGGGGGAGGAAGGUACGGCAAUUGUCUUUGUGAAUGAAGAGAACAAGAAAUUGUUCCCCGAGUUGGUUGAAGCUCUUAAAACAUCUGGUGCUGCGAUUCCCCGAGAGCUUGCUAAUUCAAGUAUAUCCUGUGCUAUCCAAGACUUUGAACGGUUGGCAUCAGAGAGUAUAGACGCUUUUGCCGAAUCCUGAUAGGACAAGACUGCUGCAGGUUUAAUAGUGCGGGUGAAUCAGGAGAUUGCAAAUGUCGACGGGCAGCUAUCUACUUGUCGGUUAGGAGCAAGCGGGGGAAAAGGAGGAGAUUUGGAGGCAACAGUUACUAGUUGAAAACUCUUGAUUUUGAGAUGCUAAUACCAGUUGUCAACUGUGCACAAAUGUUUAAAACACUCAAUUUUCCCUGGUUAAUAGGUAGAUCUUCAGGCGGAUAAAUGAGCACGUUACCAAUUGCUUUGAUGCU